AUGAGUCCUCAACAGGAUAGACAAGAUGAGCGAGAACCUCUGCUCCAGAAUGGGCACGUUGACGGCGGAGAAGGCGGGGAUAGUCGCGAGGUCAUCUCGUUCUCUGAGAAUGAUGCGAGUGAUCCUAGACAGUGGACGAGGAGAAGAAAGAUGAUCAAUGUUGGUAUUAUCGCAUUGAUGGCUAUGUCUANNGUCCUCUCACCUCUGGCAUCAUCCAUGUUUAGUCCUGGCAUCCAGCAAAUAGCUGAUGAUCUUAACACUACCAAAGAUGCUGUUAUUGGUUGUACCACUGGUUUCGUGAUCAUGUUGGGCAUUGGACCUCUUAUCCUUGCUCCUCUUUCGGAGACUUUUGGAAGAAGAAAUGUCUACAUUUAUUGCUAUACUGUAUUCACCAUUCUUCAGAUUCCGGCUGCACUCGCUCCUAAUAUUGCCACUUUGCUGGCUGUCAGAACCAUCUCUGGCUUCUUUGGUGCUGUGGCUAUUGCCAAUGGUGGUGGAACUAUUUCAGACAUGUUUGUACCAGAAGAGAGAGCCGGCAUCUUCGGAUGGUACUUGCUCGGUCCUCNNUCCUUGGACCUACUCUCGGUCCCUCUAUUCGGUGGAAUUAUAGUGCAACGAGCAGGCUGGCGCUGGAUCUUCUGGACAACCACAAUCAUCUGUGCCAUCAACACCAUAGUGGGCUACUUUUUCUUGCACGAGACCUAUGCACCUGUACUCCUAGGCCGCAGAAAAGCCAGCAUGGAGUCUGAAGAAGGAACUUCCAGCAAAUAUCGCUUUGAAGGCGAGGAUGACAGACCUUUGAGCAAGAAGUUGGCUCACUCACUGAAGAGACCUUUCAAGAUCAUCACACAGCCAAUUGUGCUCAUCAUGAGUGCGUACCAAGCCCUUAUAUUUGGAACAACAUACAGCAUCUACACAAACAUGCAAGCCAUUUUCGAAGGCGACUAUGGCUUCGACACCGAACAAGUCGGUCUCCUCUACCUGGGGCCUGGUCUGGGAUUCUUAACAGCCGUCUGGUUCCUCGUACCGCAAAUAGAUCGCGUGUACAAGAAGCUCGGCGAACGCAACAAGUGCGAUCCAAUUCCUGAAUACCGUCUGCCACUAGCCAACAUCGGUUCCGUCCUGAUUCCAGUAUCUCUAUUCUGUUUCUUCUGGGCUGUAGAGAAACACGCCCACUGGGCUCUUUGCAUCACCGCAACUUACUUUUACGGUGUUGGUCAGGUUAUGAUUCUCAACUGUACGCAAAACUACUACAUCGAUUCGUUUGAGAAGUACGCUGCUUCUGCUAUUGCCGCUGGUGCGGUGUUUAGAAGUUUGUUUGGUGGGAUUGUGCCGUUAGUUGCGCCGUCUUUGUUCAAGGCUUUGGGGUAUGGGUGGGGAGGUAGUGUGUUUGGCUUCCUGGCGCUGGCUAUUGCGCCUGCUCCGGUCUUGUUCUACAGGUAUGGUGGUGUGAUCAGAGAGAAGUUCAAGAUUGAGCUGUAG